AAGCCUAGAGCAGUGUCGUAGUAGUUCGUCGUCGUCGCCUUCUUCAAGCUCUUUUAAGAAUCCGAUAAGAGUCUUGCUGCGAUGCCACCGAAGAGAAAUUUCAGGAAGCGUAGCUUCGAGGAGGAAGAAGACAAUGAUGUAAACAAAGCUGCAAAUUUAGAUGAAGAAGAGAAGCGGAGAUUGGCGUUGGAGGAGGUGAAGUUUUUGCAGAAGCAGAGAGAGAGAAAAUUAGGGAUCCCAGCUUUAUCUUCCACGGCGCAAUAUAGCAUCGGAAAAGUGAAACCAGUGGAGAAAGCCGAAGCUGAAGGAGAGAAAGAGGAGCUUGUGUUGCAAGAUACCUUUGCGCAAGAGACUGCUGUAUUGAUUGAAGAUCCCAACAUGGUCAAGUACAUUGAACAAGAAUUGGCGAAGAAGAGGGGGAAAAAUAUUGAUGAUGCGGAAGAGGUUGAGAACGAGUUGAAGCGAGUGGAAGAUGAGUUAUAUAAGAUACCUGAUCAUCUUAAAGUUAAGAAACGUAGUUCGGAAGAGAGCUCGACACAGUGGACUACCGGAAUAGCAGAAGUCCAACUCCCAAUCGAAUAUAAAUUGAAGAACAUUGAGGAAACAGAAGCUGCCAAGAAGCUUUUGCAAGAGAAGAGGCUUAUGGGUCGGCCAAAAUCAGAGUUUAGCAUUCCAUCUAGUUAUAGUGCGGAUUAUUUCCAACGCGGGAAAGAUUAUGCUGAGAAGCUAAGAAGAGAACAUCCUGAGCUAUACAAAGAUAGAGGAGCAUCUCAAGCAGAAGGAGAAGGAGCUAAACCGUCUGCUACAAGUAGUAAUAAUAAUGCUGAUUCAGGGAAAAGCAGACAAGCAGCAACUGAUCAAAUCAUGUUGGAACGAUUUCGCAAGAGAGAGCGUAACCGCGUAAUGCGUAGAUAAAGUAAAAACAUAUUUGCAGACUUCAUCCUUGACCCGGUAACACUGUUAGAUUUUUGUUGUAAUGGAAUUCUGUAACAUUUCAUUCAAGAAAACAAGUUUUCAUUUACA